CAAGUUCUGAUGCACACCUCCAACUCACAAUGACCUCACCAGAUGUCAGAUCACCAGGGACGUCGCCUGGCGCCCUGGUGGUUGAACGCAGCUCUGUGCUCAAGAGCGAGCCUGAUCUCGAGGAAAGAACUAGGUUCUCCAGUACCUCCUAGGGCGGGGCUUUCUGGCUUGCUUUCCUCCUUGCUCUUUCUCUGCACCCAAGGACACUUUUAGCCUCAUUUCCUGAUCUUACAGCCUCACCUGCGGCGUGGAGCUGCUGGGGCAGGCAGGCAUGCAGCAGACAGGACUCGCUCUCAUGGCCUUGGCUGCCUGUGUGGCUCUUCAUCCCUCGGAAGCCAUACUCCCCAUUGCCUCCAGCUGCUGCACCGAGGUUUCACAUCAUAUUUCCAGAAGGCUUCUGGAAAGAGUGAAUGUGUGUCGCAUUCAGAGAGCUGAUGGGGAUUGUGACUUGGCUGCUGUCAUCCUUCAUGUCAAGCGCAGAAGAAUCUGCGUCAGCCCACACAAUCAUGUUAUUAAGCAGUGGAUGAAGGAACAAGCAGCUAAGAAAGAUGCUAAAGGCAACGUUUGCCAGAAGAAACACCAUGGCAGGAAGAACAGUAAAGGGGCACAUCAGGGGAAGCGUGAAACACAUGGCCACAAAACUCCUUAUUAGAGAGGGUACAGAUGAAGCUACACAGACGAGUCCUGAGUGAACUUGGCCAUAGUUCAUUAGAACUAUAUCACGUGGAUAUUCCUUACUGGAAGCCAACAGGGCAAAACAAAAUAUAUUUUUUAAGGGAACAAUUAUAUAGAUGCAAAUGUAGCCAAUAAUGUAUUCAACUGAAAAAUGAAAUGAAAAGAGAAUACUUAUCUUCAUAUAAUAUUUUAAGAGCAGCAUACAGAUCUAAUUUCAAAAACUUUUUCAUUAUGAUGUUUUCCAAACCUACAAAGAAGUUGAAAAUGUUCUAUGAACACCUGUAUUCCUUUCACCUAGAUUAAUCCUUGUUAAUAUUCUGCCACACUUGUUUUUUUCUCUCUUCUCUCUUUGUACGUAUGUAUAUAAAACAUUAUGUAUAAAAAUAUAUAAUUCUUUUGCUAAACAAUUUGAAUAGAAGUUACAAACAUCAUGACACUUUAUUCCUAAAUAUUUUUUAGUGUACAACUUGGCAUCCCUCAAGAAUAAAGACUUUGUCUAAUUACACUAUCAGCUUUAUACCUAAAAACAAUUCAUCAUAUGUAUACACAGUAUAUGUAUUAACAUUCCACAUUCAAAUUUCUCCAACUUUUUCCAGAGCAUUAGAUUUUUUUUCAACCAAAGUUUACAUAUUACAAUUUAAUUGUUAUAUUUCUUUAGUAUCAUUCCAUCUAAAAAAAAUCCCUGCUUUUUUUCUUUUUUUUUCUUCCCAUGGCAUGAAUUAAAAAAAAAAAAAAAAAAAAAAAAA